AUGUUUCAUCCACCAAUUGGCCGCAAGAGUCGACCUCAUGCUCCUUUUCUUGGGCGUCAGGUCGACUUCUUCGCAUCGCGUGACCAUCCAUGGCAAAAGGCUGGCGCAGAGCUAAGUCUUGUGAACAAUUUACAGGGAAGCAAUCAAGUUACGACGUCCACUCAGGCCAAAUCGGCCGAGGUGCCGAGCACCAAAGGCCCCGAUGCUAAACCCCGUCUCCUUCUAAUGGGACUCCGCCGGAGUGGAAAGUCAUCCAUUGCGAGUGUGGUCUUCCACAAAAUGCCACCUAACGAAACCCUAUUCCUUGAGUCUACCACCCGGAUUCAAAAGGACUCUAUCCACUCUUUUAUGGAUUUCCAAGUUUGGGAUUUCCCCGGUCAGCUCGAGUAUUUCGAGUCCAACUUUGAUCUCGAAGAUAUCUUCGGCAGCCUGGGCGCCCUAGUAUGGGUCAUCGAUGCCCAGGAUGAUUAUCUGGACUCGGUCGCGAGACUUAACCGCACCAUCUUGACCGUGCAGCAGUACUACCCCGGAAUCAAUAUCGAAGUAUUCAUCCAUAAGGUUGAUGGAUUGUCCGAUGAGUACCGCACCGACACUUUCCAGGACAUUGUGCAGCGUAUCUCCGAUGAGCUCAGCGAUGCUGGCUAUGAGAACGCGCCCGUCCACUAUUACCUCACCUCAAUUUACGAUUACUCUGUCUUUGAGGCAUUCAGCAAGGUCAUUCAGAAGCUUAUCCCAAACUUAUCCACCCUCGAGAACUUGAUCAACACCCUCGCCAACAACUGCGGCUUUGAAAAGACUUAUCUGUUCGAUGUACUGAGCAAGAUCUACAUCGCAUCUGACACCCGUCCUGUUGACAUGGCGUGUUAUGAAAUGUGUUCUGACUACAUUGAUGUAAUUGUCGAUGUCUCUGAGCUUUAUUCAUGGGACCACCCACAGCGGAAGGCCUUGGGCGAUCAGAUCCAGGAGGCUGAAAGCCAUGUGGUAUUGCACGAUCAGACCAUGAUUCACCUGAUGGAGAUGAACAAAUACCUCUGUCUAGUCUCUGUCAUCCGCAACCCCGAAGCAAAGGACAAACGGGGUUUGAUUGAUAUGAACUGCCGCACUUUCCAGGACGCCCUGAAUGAAGUGUUCUCGCGUAGCUGGGAGCAGGAAGAAGCUGCCCAGCAGGAAGCGGCAAAGAAGUGA